AUGUCCGAAUCUGGACAGUCCUCAGCAGCUGCCACGCCGAGCACCACUGGAACCAAGUCUAACACUCCAACAUCGUCUGUGCCCUCUGCUGCCGUCACACCCCUGAACGAGAGCAUCCAGCCCAUCAGUGAAUACAAUGGCACAACCAAGAGCAAUAAGAGGGCACGAGAAAAGCGGAACAGCCGGAACAUGGAAGUCCAGGUCACGCAGGAGAUGAGGAAUGUCAGCAUAGGCAUGGGCAGCAGUGAUGAGUGGUCUGAUGUUCAGGACAUCAUAGACUCUACUCCAGAGCUGGAUAUGUGUCAAGACCCCCGCCUGGAACGCCCUGGUAACAGCCCAACGCAGGGGAUUGUGAACAAAGCGUUUGGCAUCAACACAGACUCUCUGUAUCAUGAACUUUCCACCGCGGGGUCUGAGGUUAUCGGAGAUGUUGAUGAAGGAGCAGAUCUGCUAGGGGAGUUCUCAGUACGGGAUGAUUUCUUUGGAAUGGGCAAAGAAGUGGGGAAUCUGCUGUUGGAGAACUCGCAGCUACUGGAGACCAAAAAUGCUUUGAACGUUGUGAAGAAUGAUUUGAUUGCCAAGGUGGACCAGCUGUCUGGAGAGCAGGAAGUGCUGAAGGGAGAGCUUGAAGCAACAAAGCAGGCCAAAGCCAAAAUGGAAACCAGAGUCAAGGAGCUGGAGGAGGAGCUGAAAAGAGUGAAAUCUGAAGCGAUUGUUGCCCGACGAGAACCCAAAGAGGAGGUGGAGGAUUGCUCCUCCCCCCUGCAGGACAACAUUCCCAUAGCUCAGCGCCGCCGCUUCACCCGCGUGGAAAUGGCCCGGGUUCUGAUGGAGCGCAAUCAAUACAAAGAGAGGUUAAUGGAGCUCCAGGAGGCUGUCAGGUGGACGGAGAUGAUCAGAGCUUCCCGUGAGCACCCAUCCGUCCAGGAGAAGAAGAAAUCCACCAUUUGGCAGUUCUUCAGCCGUCUGUUCAGCUCUUCCUCAAGUCCCCCACCAGCAAAGAGGACCUACCCAUCUGUGAACAUCCACUACAAGUCUCCAACAACAGCAGGGUUCAGCCAGCGUCGCAGUCACACCAUGUGCCAGAUCUCCUCCGGCAGCCGCACGCUGGAGUUCUUCCCUGAAGAUGACUGCACGUCCUCAGCGCGUCGCGAGCAGAAACGGGAGCAGUACCGCCAGGUCCGGGAGCACGUGCGGAAUGAUGACGGGCGAUUGCAGGCCUGUGGCUGGAGCCUCCCUGCCAAGUACAAGCAGCUGAGUCCCAAUGGUGGUCAGGAAGACACUCGCAUGAAAAAUGUCCCCGUGCCUGUCUAUUGUCGCCCACUAGUAGAGAAGGACCCAACCAUGAAGCUGUGGUGUGCAGCUGGAGUCAAUCUUGCGGGAUGGAAACCUUUGGAGCAGGAGCCUGGGAAUGGGCAGAAAUUGGAUCCUGGACAUGAUCCCCUCACCUGUGAUAGGGAAGUGGAAGGCGAGAACAACAAAAGUAACCAUACAUCUCCUGAAAAGAAAAAGGCAAAGGAGCUCCAUGAAAUGGAUGCCACAUCCAGUCGUGUCUGGAUCCUCACUAGCACACUGUCAACAAGUAAAGUUGUAAUUAUUGAUGCUAAUCAGCCGGGCACAGUGGUGGACCAGUUCACUGUCUGCAAUGCUCAUGUACUCUGCAUCUCCAGCAUCCCUGCGGCCAGUGAGAGUGAUUAUCCUCCAGGCGAGAUCUUUCUGGAGGGAGAUGUAAAUCCUGAAGAGUCGUCUGGAACAGAUGGUGUCUUGGCAGGAAUCACUCUGGUGGGCUGUGCAACCCGCUGCAAUGUGCCACGAAGCAACUGUUCCUCGCGUGGUGACACACCUGUGCUGGACAAGGGACAAAGUGAGUAUUGGGACAUAAAGCUUCACGGCUGUCGAAUUAUAGCUAGCCCUAUAUGA